UUCCUCUUCUUUGUUUUUUUUUUUAAAUUUAUCAAUAACAUCGGCUCAGUGUUUACAUCUAAAUGGGUCAAUAAGUUGUUCGUUGGCCAGUGGGCUACCUGUCCUGGUUGCGUAUCCUCACACAGCUUGUUGUGCUCUCCAGUUCUUUGACCGUCUCACACUGUUCGGCAUGCCAGCCAAGCACCAGCCAGAUUUCAUCUACCUGCGUCACGUACCCCUGAGGAAGGUGCAUCUGUUCACUUUCAUCCAGCUCAGCUGUUUGAUUCUUCUCUGGGUCAUCAAGACUUCCAAGGCCGCCAUCGUCUUCCCCAUGAUGGUGCUGGCUCUGGUGUUCAUCAGGAAACUGUUGGACUUCAUCUUCUCAAAGAGAGAGCUGAGCUGGUUGGACGACCUCAUGCCAGAGAGCAAGAAAAAGAAGCUGGAGGACGCCGAGGAGGAGGAAGAGCAGAGUAUCCUAGCUGAGGACGAAGGCGCAGUGCAGGUGCCCUUGGAGGAAUGCAAAGGGUUACCCAUCAUCAACAUCACGGACGAGAUGUCCAAAGGUUCUUUUGGCAACACUUGGAACGCCACAAGCUAGGACGUUUGCAAAGACAUCAACGCAUGUUACGGUAAGCGCUUCAGAAUGGCGCGUCGAGCUUCAGUUAUUCCUUGACUGUAUGUCAUCUGAAAAUUUAAACUUGUGUGUUCCAACACAUGGGAAAACAUUUCAUUUAUGAAUACUAACACCCCAAAUUCACCACUUCCAGUUCAUGUGUGAACAUAAAACAACGAGAAGUACAGUUCUUCAAAAUUUCCAAUGCACUUUUUACAUGUUAAUUAAGCAUCUUAUUUCCUACGCUGUCAGGUGAACAUUUUGCCGGUCCCAAACCCCACACACAUCAUUCAAAAGUGUCAUAAGGAAAAACUAAGUAUGGCAACUACUACUGUGUUAGUGUUGUUGUUUUUUUUUUUUUUAUAAUUAUAAACCCAUCAUAUAUGUAACGUGUGUCAUUGGAUAACCGUCUGAAGCCAUGUGAGGAAGGCUCAUUGUCUCAUGUUUAACACUUUGUCGAGGUCAAGCCGGCCUUAUUAAUCGAGCACUUUGUAUUUCUUUUGUAAUAUGCUUCUGUUGUUUGCUUCUAGUUGUCUUCAGAUUUAUUGAUUAAAAGGGAGAAAGCCGUCGUGCAAUAACAAAGUGAUGACAUUGGUUACCGUCCGUGUGCGCACACGAUUGUAACUUGUCAUAACUUCUCAUCCCUAAAUGAUAUUUUGUGUUGUUUACUUGAUAUAUUUGCAACAUUGAUCCAAUAAUUUCAUCCCGAAGAAUGUAAAUAAUCCUUUGGUAUAGUUUCAUGUUGCUGUACGGCUUUUGUGUCACAAUUGUGCAAUUUAAAUCACUGAUCGUCAGCUGUCUGCACUUGUUACCAUCCAUAAACUAUUGAACAAGCA